AUGUCGAAUCAAAGUGAAUUGAAGCGUCUCAGUGAUGAUAAUCUGGCCAAACAACCAGAUGAAGUAUUUGAUAUUAUUUGUAAAAUCGGCAGAGGCUCCUAUGGAAGCGUGUACAAGGCCCUACACAAGGAAACUGGCCAGGUAUUGGCCAUCAAGCAAGUCCCGGUGGACACUGACCUGCAGGAGAUCAUCAAGGAGAUUUCCAUCAUGCAGCAGUGUGACUCCACAUAUAUUGUCAAAUAUUAUGGGAGUUAUUUCAAGAACACAGAUCUCUGGAUUGUUAUGGAAUAUUGUGGUGCUGGGUCUGUGUCGGACAUCAUGAGGUUAAGAAACAAAACACUCACAGAAGACGAAAUCUCAACAAUCUUAUACUACACACUCAAGGGCCUGGAGUAUCUCCAUUCUCGGCGAAAAAUCCAUCGGGACAUCAAAGCAGGAAAUAUUUUAUUGAACACAGAAGGACAUGCCAAGCUGGCUGACUUUGGUGUAGCUGGACAGUUAACAGAUACAAUGGCAAAGAGGAACACUGUGAUAGGCACCCCUUACUGGAUGGCACCAGAAGUGAUACAGGAGAUUGGGUACGACUGUGUGGCCGAUAUCUGGAGUCUAGGUAUAACAGCGUUGGAGAUGGCUGAAGGCAAACCUCCAUAUGGUGAUAUUCAUCCUAUGCGGGCUAUAUUUAUGAUACCCACAAAGCCACCACCGUCUUUCAGAAAACCUGACCGGUGGUCACCUGAGUUCAUAGACUUUGUUUCAAAAUGUUUAGUAAAAAAUCCAGAGAAUCGAGCCACGGCUGCAGAACUUCUAGAUCAUGAUUUCAUCAAAAACAGAGAACCAUGUUCUGUACUAAACAACAUGAUCCUGGAAGCCAAGGAGAUCCUAGAGGCCCAGGCUAAUAUUAUGGUCAAUGGUGAUGAUUCGGGAGAUGAGGAUGAAAUGGAUGGGACCAUGGUGAAGAAAACAGACCAGGAGGGAACAAUGAAGGCACAGCCAGAAGGCACACUGACCCCAAGUGGUACAGUGGUAGUCAACAGCGAGGCCUCAACCCUCCAGUCAGAGCUGGGAACCAUGGUGAUCAAUGAUGAUACAGACUCCGAGGAUGGGACGAUGAAGAGGCAUAGUUCAGCGACAGGAGGCAAGGAACAGUACCGACCAUCCUAUAUGGAUCACUUCGAGAAGCAGGACCAGGAGAAGUCAAAAUCCACAUCCUCUGCCAACAGCCACGCGCAGGCACCUGUUCAGAGACAGUCCCAGCAGCCACCUGCACAGGUACAACAGCAGCAGCCGCAACAGCCACAGCCAGCAGCUCCCAAACAGAUCACACCCCCUCAUCACUUCCAGCGGUCCUUUAUCGACGGAGACUUUGAAUUUUUGCGAACACUGGCCUACGAGGAAUUGGAGCGGAGGCUUGCAGACUUAGACCCAGAGAUGGAGCGUGAGAUAGAGGAACUCCGAGCCAGGUACCAGGCCAAGCGACAGCCAAUUCUGGAAGCAAUCGAUGCUAAGAAGAAACGACAGCAGAAUUUUUAG